AUGAACAUAUCUUUAGUUCCAGGGCAACUGCAAGACCUAUGGGAUCUUUGGGGCCUUGAAGUUCUUAUGCUAUUGAGCUUCACUAUGCAAGUCAUCCUCACAGUCUUUGGUAGCCGCCGCAAGGACGUACCCGGCAUGUGGAUAAGGUUCACUGUUUGGUUUACCUAUUUGCUGUCUGCUUCUUUGACAAAAAUCAUCAUUGGCAAGCUGACAGUGAUACCAGGAAGUGAUCCGGAUGAACGCAAUAUUCGCCGGGAACUAAAGGCUAUGUUUGCACCAUUACUUUUGGUGCAAAUUGGAAACCCUGAUGCCAUAACUGCUUACUCAAUUGAAGAUAACAGAUUGGGAUUAAGGCAACUGCUUGCUCUUGUUCUCCAAGUAGCUGUGGUGAUUUGGAUUGUUGUCAAGAGCUGGACGCAAUCAAAGCUCUCUUAUCUUUACCUCCCAUUAUUCGUAUCUGGACUAAUCAAGUAUGGAGAAGUUGUCUGGGCUCUUAAGUCGGCUUUUAGUAAACGAUCCGGCAUAAUCACCAUCCAAGAAAUUGACCAAGAAGCAAGCAUGCCUGCUUUGUUCAGAUUCCUUCCUGAUGAUAUUCCAAACAUAGAAUUGAUCUUAAAGGCAUAUUAUCGCUUUAUCUCGUUGAAGCCUCACCGUGAGAACUGGCUCUAUCAGCCCUUAUAUGAAUCUCUUCCGCGGAUGUCUGUUGAUGAAUAUGCACCAGAGGACAUCUUCAAGAUCACGGAUUCAGAACUUGGCUUCAUGUAUGAUGUCUUGUACACCAAGGCACCAAUAAUCUACACCAAAGGAGGUUGCAUUUUUCGAAUUGUAAGUUUCUUUGGUUUAGUUUCAACUUUUACCGGAUUUUCAAUCAUAUUCAGGGAAGCUUUUCCACAUCAUUGGAAAGCAUGUUUUAUAGAAGGGAUGCUAGCAGGAGCUGUCCUUAUGGAGAUUUACCAGAUCGCGCAACUACCCUUCACAGAUUGGGCGAUCAUCCAAAUAAUCAAGCACCAAAGCUAUCCAUUCAUGAUACCUUGCUUGAGAAUUCUCGGUCCUCAAGCAAGCAAUAGGAAAAGGUGGUCAAAUACAUUGGCACAAUUCAACUUGCUGAGCUUUUGCCUCCAUGAUAAGCCAUUAAAGUGCAGCAAAAUUCUCAAAUUCCGAGGCAUUGGCUUGGGAAUGAAGAAGAACAAGAGUAGGACGCGCAUACCGUUCCCUCAAGAACUCAAAGUUUUGAUGGUUGAAGAAAUGAGAGGUAUUGACAGAGAAAGAGGACUUAAGCCUUUCAAUCAAAGAGGUGAAUGGUCACUUGGAAGGUAUGGUUGUCUCAAUGAAUUCAAAUGGAGUGUGAAAAGAGAUUUUGACAAAAGCAUUACCAUAUGGCACAUUGCCACAGAUAUAUGCUACUAUUCAGAUUCUCACAACAAUGUUGCAAAUCCAAAAGCUCAAAUGGCGAAAUUGUUGUCGAAUUAUAUGAUGUACCUUCUCGCGCUGCGACCUCAUAUGCUGUCCAUGACUACGGCCAAGAUCAUAUUCCAGCACGCCUUCGACAAACUCAAGGCCUUGUUGGAACAGAAAGAAGAAUCCAUCAAAGAUGAAAAAGAACUAUGCAAGAUUUUGAGAAUGGAAUGGCUUCCUCAAUAUUCAAUUUCUGAGAGGAAGUCAGAAACUGUUGUUACAUCAAAAUGGCAUAUGUUAAGGGAUGCUCAGAGACUGGCCAGUAACUUGAUGCUCAAGGAAAAUAAAUGGCAGAUUAUAUGCAGUGUUUGGGUUGAGAUGUUGUGUUAUGCUGCUGCUAACUGUAGUAUAGACUAUCAUUCAGAGCAAAUAAGAAGAGGUGGUGGUUUGAUUACUCAUAUUUGGGUUAUGUUAGCACAUAAGACUGAUAAAUACCAUAUUAGUGACUAG